AUGGCCUGCUACGACCGCUGCGGCUCUUGCGGACCCACCCCGCUGGCUAACAGCUGCAACGAGCCCUGUGUCAGGCAGUGUGAGGCUUCCCGCGUUGUCAUCCAGCCUUCCACUGUCCAGGUCACCCUCCCAGGACCCAUCCUCACCUCCUUCCCCCAGAGCACCGCCGUCGGAUCCUCCGCAUCCGCUGCCGUGGGCAACGACCUCAGUGCCCUGGGAGUGCCCAUCAACUCCGGAUACGCCCUGGGCUAUGGCCUGGGAGGCCUGGGAGGCCUGGGAUGCGGCUACGGCCUGGGAGGCUCAGAAGGACACGGACACAUGGCCUCCUACGACUGCUGCACUUGUGACUUGUCUCCCAAUGAAACCAUCAAGCUCCCACAGGAUGUGUGGAUGUCAUCUCUCAAGACCCAAGAACUUCAGAGGAUCCAGCUGCCCAGCACUCCAUCCUUCAUCACUCAUCCCACAGCACAGGAAGACAACUGUAUCCUGGGAUUCAUCAAAAGAAGAAAUUCUUUCACCUGA